AUGCAAAUUUCAAUUAUUUAUUGCAUUUUUCUUGUCGGUUUUGUUCAUAUAUGCUUAUCUGCCUCAACUCCUGAAUGGACAGGCUUCUACAAUGUCGAUAACAGCUGUGAUCAAUCCAAAUGUUGCUGUUUAUCUGAACAAGUAAAAAUUACAAAACCCAAUAAUGCACAGUUUUUAAUCGAUGCUAAUGUUGCUGGUCUACCAUGUCAAGUACAACUCAAUGGAUCAACUACAGUAUCUGUUCCACUUCCAAUUCCUCAAGAUAAAAGUGGCUUUCAAAUCACAACAAAUUUUCUUGGUACUCUCAAUCGAUUUACUCUCAGUGCCGAUAGUCAAUAUAUUGCUCAUGCUAAUUUCGAUGCUCCAGAAUGUAGUGGUAGCGCAAGACGAGCUGUUAGUAAUUGGGUAGGAACAUUCAAUAUUGAUGAUAGUUGUAACCAAGGUGAAUGUUGUUGUUUAUCUGAACAAGCAACUAUUAGUAAAAAAAGUGAUACAGAAUAUUUAAUAUCAGCACGUGUAGCUGGUACACCAUGUCAAGCGCAAUUGAAUGGUUCAAGUACAAUUAAUGUACCAAUUCCAGCUCCUCAAGCUAAAAAUGGUUUUCAAAUAACAACAACUUUUCUUGGUACUAUGAAUCGAUUUACAUUAACUUAUGAUAAUCAAUAUAUUGCUAAUGUUAAUAUACAAUAUCCAAGAUGCAGUGGUAUGGGACGACGAGUUGAUGAAGACAAAAAUACAGCUUCAUUAAUUUCGUCAUCGCCGAUUCUUAUUCUUAUCAGUUUUUUCUUAUUUCGUAUGAUUUACGUGUGA